CGCGCGCCCGCCCUGCAGGCGCGGGCAGCGUUCUGGCGAGACAGCCUGGGUCGGCGUUCGGCUGGUGCUGCCUGCGGCCCAGCGCGUUCGGUGACUCAGCUCGAGGGGAGCUGCGGGGCCGGGGGAGAGCCAGGCAGAGGCAGUCGAGUGCCGUUUUCCAAUCCGGGCUCGUGCGCUCUCCUGUCUCCAUGGUCACUCGUCCGGCGGUGGCUGAGGAGCCCGAUGGCCGCACGUGGCAGAGAUGCCAUCGCCUGGUACCAGAAGAAGAUUGGAGCCUAUGACCAACAGAUAUGGGAAAAGUCUAUAGAACAGACUGAGAUGAAGGGCUUCAAAAACAAACCCAAAAAAAAGGGCCACAUACAGCCUGACCUGAUAGAUGUUGACUUAAUCAGAGGCUCCACAUUUGCCAAAGCCAAGCCUGAAAUCCCGUGGACGUCACUAACUAGAAAGGGGAUUGUGCGGGUUGUGUUUUUUCCAUUAUUCAGCCGGUGGUGGAUACAGGUUACAUCCCAGCGUAUUUUUAUGUGGCUUCUGGUCCUCUACCUCAUGCAAGUUAUAGCAGUCAUGUUGUAUUUCAUGAUACCUGUUGCGAGUGCAAGUGAAAUCAUUGGACCAAUGUGCCUUAUGCUACUGAUGGGAACUGUUCACUGUCAGAUCGUGUCGACCCAGAUCAACAAACCCUCGGGAACCAAUGGAAGCAGCAGGAGGCGGAGAAAAUUACGCAAACCUGUGGGUAGUGAUGGGAGCAGAGAUGCUGGCAGCUGGUCUUCCUCUGACAAAGCCAAUAAAGGAGACAAGCAGUUGGAACCUACAUCCAUUAUCAACAGUUUGUUUGGCAUGCUCUUCCGCAGGAGGUUAAGGAGGGUGAAAUUGGUAGCUGAUAAAGGGACUGAAACAGAAAGUGGUGUGAGUUCUGUGUAUAAUGGCAUUAAGCACAGACUUUCCAGAUCCGAAUAUAGGCUGCUGCAUUUCAAAGAGAGAGAGAGACUUUCAGAUGGGGAGAAGAGUCAUCGGGAUGGCGGCACACAUAUGGGUGGCAUUUCUGAUGAGCUGUCAAGUGAGGAGGAUGCUGAAGCCAUGGCACAGAGGAUUUUGUUACGCAGAAGUGUAGAAGGGGCCUCCAGUGACAAUAGCUAUGAAGACAAGAAUAGGAGACCUCUUACUACUUCAAACCAGUCAGUUUCACAGGUCAAUCAAGCCAUUAAAGGUACCAGAGAGUCCGAUAGUGUGGUAGAAUCUGAACUAGACUCAACAGCCUUUAGCCAGGAAUCAAGGUCUUGUUUUAGUGGUGGGUCCCAGAGCUGCAGUGUGUCUCGGAGAGACUCUGAAAGCACCCGCCAUGACUCUGAGACAGAGGACAUGCUCUGGGAUGACCUGCUUCAUGGACCAGAGUGCCGUUCUUCCUACACCAGUGACAGCGAGGAAGGGAAUGUAAAAGGAAGUAAACGGGACCUGAAAGACGAUGUUUUCCAACAGAACCAUUUGUUCUGGCUUCAGAAUACGAGCCCUGCAUCUGCAAAAGUAAGUGCCCUGAUCUGGGAGGGAAGUGAGUGCAAGAAGGUGGACAUGUCUGCGCUGGAGAUCAGCGGGAUUAUCAUGAGCAGAGUUAAUGCCUAUCAGCAGGGAGUAGGCUAUCAGAUGCUGGGAAACGUUGUCACCAUUGGGUUAGCAUGUCUUCCUUUCCUCUACCGGCUCUUCCAUACAAAGAAUCUUGAACAGCUGCGAUCCAUUUCAGUGAAGGAACUUUUGAAUAUCUUUUGUGGGGCUCCUACCAUCACACCUGUCAUUGUCUUGGCUGUGAUUAACUUCCUUGAGCGUCUCUGCCUGACUUGGAUGUUUUUCUUUAUGAUGUGUGUUGCUGAGAGAACGUACAAACAGCGGUUUUUGUUUGCCAAACUUUUUAGUCACAUAACAUCUGCCCGGAAAGCCAGGAAGUAUGAAAUCCCCCACUUCAGACUCAAGAAGGUGGAGAAUAUUAAAAUUUGGUUAUCACUGCGCUCCUAUCUAAAGAGGAGAGGGCCCCAGCGAUCUGUGGAUGUAGUUGUCUCUUCAAUCUUUUUAUUGGCUCUAUCAAUUGCCUUCAUAUGCUGUGCACAGGUUUUAAAAGGGCACAAAACCUUCCUGAAUGUGGCUUACAACUGGGAGUUCCUCAUCUGGGAAACAGCCCUCCUCCUUUUUCUACUGCGCCUGGCAUCACUGGGCUCUGAAACUAACAAAAAAUAUAGUAAUAUUUCAAUCCUGCUCACUGAACAGAUCAACUUAUACCUAAAGAUGGAAAAGAAGCCAAACAAGAAAGAACAGCUCUCCCUAGUGAACAAUGUUUUAAAACUGUCUACAAAGCUACUGAAGGAGUUAGACACACCAUUUAGACUCUAUGGCCUGACUAUGAACCCUUUAAUCUACAACAUCACACGAGUUGUGAUCCUGUCUGCCAUAUCAGGCGUUAUAAGUGAUCUUCUUGGAUUCAAUAUCAGAUUAUGGAAAAUCAAACCAUGACCUGGCCAAGGCUCAGCCCUCAAUGCUGUGAGGAUUAUCAAACCAUCAGGACGACACUGGAUAGAAGCAAGACAUUGGCUUGAGGCAGAGGUGGUCCUAAAUUUUGGCACAUUUCUUUGUGUAUCAAAGAUGUUUUCUCACAUUGCUUAGUUUCAGAGCCUACAGAAUAAACUAGACUUGUGAGGGCAGCCCAGGACUCGUAGACUAAGUAAACAAAACUUGAUUUGUCCAUCAGCAGUGUGACACUGUUUUAAGGGCAUUUCCCUAUUAAGUAGGGGCCAAAGUAUGCAGUAACCAGACAUUUUAGAGGGGCCUCAAAACAGUAGGAAAACAAUAUGGGAUUCUGUAUACAACAGCUUGUGGCCAUGGCCCUGUUAAAGCCUAUUUGUAUAUGGAUAGAUAAGUUACUACAGCAGGUUGGCUCUUUGUUACACAACUAACUUGCUGUGGCAGCUUCUCCAUUUCCUCUCCCUUAACAUGAGACCUUUAAUUCCACUGCAGUAAGUCAGUACUAGGACUCCCAAUUACUGCUUUAAGAGAUAAAUAAGCUCUUCAUUUGUUAAAAUAUGGUGUUAAGGCCUUGACAAGAGGACUCACUUUCCUAAUAACUGUCCAGGCUAAAUGCAUUACAGCUGAGCAGACCAUUCCAGGUGCUGGAUAGUUAGGGGGUAGACCUUAAAAUUCUGCUAUCUGUGCCUUUUCAGUUUACAUAUUAAAGCAGAUCCCUGUUCCUCUUUCCAUCAGCUGCAUCUUCCUCUAGUGCCCCCAUUUGAUAGACAGGUGCAUGUGUGUAGUGACUUCAAGUAAAGAAACAUUCAUUUAAGUGCCUUUAGGCUAGAGAGGCCAGGUCUGCUUUGGACCUUGCCCCUUUAUUCUGUGCUACUGCAGCCUUUCAUGAAAGUCAGUUCACCCAAGAUAAAUAUUGCCUCCAAAGGCACUUGGUUAAACUUUCAGUUGCAUAGCAACAUUAAAGCCACUCGGCUGCACACACCAGGAGAGAUGAUAGUUUUUAUAUAAUUAAGUGUUCUUCAGACAACUCAUUAUUCUUGACUGAUAAGCCCUAAUAGAACAAGCAAAGCAUUCUCCACAAGGGAAUAUGCUAACACUUGUUCUCUACAACCGCUCACUCUGUAAAGCACCAUCAGGGUAUAAACACUUUUCACAAUGUUGGUAGCAACUAGAAAACUGAAGAAUUAACAUUUACAUGUAACACUUAAAUCUUUGGUAAUGACUUGGUUAGAAUUUUGAGGAGGUGGGUCAAUAGGGCUGUUAAAGCAUUCUGGAAAAUAUUAAUGCUUUCUACUUCUAUAGUGCCUUACCUUUCUAACACAGGUAAGUAUUAUUCAGAGAUGUGGUAAAAGUGGAAGAAAAGAAGAUUCCUCUAUUCUAAUGCACAGCCUCCUAAAAGUAUACAGUAGCUGCCUUUUAUGCAACACUACUGAUAAAGCACCUUGGACAAAGUAGUAAAUGGCCCUCUGGGGUAAGGACUGAUUGUGAAAACCAGGUGAGAGGCAGGAAUGUGAUAACCUCCCCUUCAGUAUGAGAGCUAAGAGUCUACAACUGGUAUGAGGAAAGAUUCUAAAGCCAUGUCCCUAGGAGAAAUUGUUUUGCUGCAAGUGCAGCUUGUGUUUUCCUUAGGCUGGUGACUUUUUCAAUAAAUUAAGAAAUAGUAAGUCAGUCAUAGGACUAAUAUUGAGAGAAAAGGAUACCUUUAACUCCACUGUUCCAUCUCACGCCAUAAAGGGACGAUGACAUAAGUCAUUUUUUGUAGUAAAUUGUUUAUGCAAAGCUAUUUUCUGUACAAUGAAAAGUAGUAAAAAUGUAAAAAGUGACAUUUAAAAUACAAAUAAACCCAUGGAAGCAAACUCCAUCAAACAGCUGGUAUUAUAUUUUGCAGGACUGUGGUUGAGUGUUACUUGAAAAGGGAGACAAGGUAACUUUCAGAUGACAAAUGCAGUUGAUCAUUGGAAAAUAUGGAUGUUUAUGGGUAACUUGGGCUGUAUAUUUAGCUAAAAGACAGUUAGUGCAAACUGCAUCAUUGUAAAAUGAGUCUACAGCUAACAUUUUAGUGCAAGAAUGAACAGGCUGUGAAUGGGAAUUUUUUUAAUAUAUCUAUAUAAAAAAUAAUGAGCGAUUUACAGGUCUCUCUAGUCAGAACCUCAGAAGUGUAUAUAUAAAGGUGCUGUACAAUAUAUAAACAUUUACAUCCAUAUGUUGCUUAGCAUUCCAAGGCCACAUUGCUAAGUCAUCUUAUACAGUAAGUACAGGUACAAGUUCUCUAGAAAAGACUCAAACAGAGGACACCAAAGCAGGUCACAAUGUUAACAAUCAGAAAACAGCAUUUGGAUGGAUGUGUACUUGCUGACAGUUAACCAUUGAAAUGGUGCUAAUUCAUCUUAGUAUUAAAUUUCUGAAUUUGGUACUAUUCUCAAUGGUUAGAACAAGUGCAUACAACUCUUAAAGAGGAUCCCACAGGGUUAUCAACCAAGAAUACAGGAUUAAUAUCUACAUAGGCUAACUGAAAUAUUUUCACAGUCAAACUCUACAAUAUUGAGGAUUUGUACACUUUAUGCUACAGCAAACUGAUGGAUUCAUAAAAUGUGAAGCAGCAGAGGGCAGUUCAGAUGUGCUUUAAAAUCUAUUUAUUUUAGAACUGUUCAUUUAAGCCUACUGCUAAGUAGUUGUCUAUUUCAAAAGUUUCUAGCUUCAAGUCAGAACUGAUUUUUUUAAGUUUAGUGAGACUUAGCAGCUGCUCAGUUAUGUUUUUAAUGGACAAGUCAUUAGUUUAACACGAGGGUCCAGCAACUGAUCUUGACUUUCCUUACCUUUUUUCCUCUGCUUUUGUGAACUGGCCCAGCUCCUUUUACUGUUUAUUUUCAGUCAUUGAAAACCUAGCACAGGUCAGGAAAUCAAAUCCAUUAAGAAUGCUAUUGAGUAAAUCAAUCCAUGAAAUUUCUGCAGACUGCUAUAAUAAUAUCUUGUUAACAUUCCUCAACAUUUAAAUACAUAUUAAAGCCCAAACAAUAGAUAUUAAGUCUCAUGUACCCUGUAUUUCAUCUAUUUCUCACUCAACCAAAAGCAAUUAGACACAAAUAAAACACAGGAGAUUUCUAAUAGCAGGCACAGGUCAGAGGGAUUUUUUAAAGACUCUGUGGUUGGUUCUGUCUGUGUUUGCAACAGCAGGUUUGCUGUUUCAAAUACUGCUUUUACAUAAUUUUUAGUUUUACAAGUAAAGAUGGGACAUUUCCAAGUGUUUUUGAAACAUACAGUAUGUGGUGCUUUGACAUACAGUACCAGAGGGAGGUUGAAAGCAUAGCACCAAGUCCAUUCCUUAUUUUUAAAGAACUGACAAGGUAAAAUCAUGGCCCCAUUGAAGUCAAUGGAUGUUUUUGCCAGUAACUUAACAGGGCCAGGAUUUCACCACUUAGUCUUCAAAAUUAUGUUUGCAGUAUGUGUUUUGCAGAUAGUUACUAUAAUUACCUUAAA